UUCAAUGGCCGGGGAGCGAGAGCAAGGAGGCGGCGGUGUCAGUGCAGAGGCGACCAGGCAGGAGGUGUCAACAGAGGCAGUGGUUGAAGUGUGGGAGCAGAUGACUGUACCGGAGCAUGUGCCGAAAGAUACCAACAUGGCAGUGGACGUUAAGGUGUUGACGCUGAAUAUUUGGGGGAUACCACUGUUAGCAAAAGACAAGAAUGCCAGGAUUGAUGCUAUUGCUAAUCAGCUGCUCACAGGGCCGGACGAGUUUGAUUUUGUUUUCCUGCAGGAGGUGUGGUCAAAGGAAGACUAUCACAAAAUAGCUACCAAAGUCAGCAAGGUACUUCCUCAUUCACACUACUUUUAUAGUGGUGUAAUUGGGUCAGGGAUGUGUACUUUCUCCCGCUCACCAAUUAAAGAAGUCCUUUACCACCCAUUUGCUCUCAAUGGGUAUCCGCACAAAAUUCUGCAUGGUGAUUGGUGGGGAAGCAAAGGACUUGCUGUGUGUCGGACUACUAGGCAUGGUAUUCCAUUUACCCUUAUAAAUUUACAUUUUCAUGCUUUAUAUGACCACAAAAAUGAUACUUACGUACAUCACCGUGCUGUUCAAGCAUAUGAGGCAGCGCAGUUGCUUCGAUUUGGCCGCGCAAGUGAAGAUGUUGUAAUCUUUAGUGGAGAUUUGAAUUGCACACAAACUGACUUUGCAUACAGACUAGUCAAACACAAUGGUGCACUGAUAGAUUCCUACAUUGACAGUCCAGUUAAGACGCCAGGAUCGAAUGGAGAAUCAAAUGAGACUCCAGCCAACAGCUACACUAGUGUCAAGACUCUUAUGGAUAACCCUUGUGGCCACAGAAUUGACUAUAUCUUCUACCAGUCUUCCCAAGCAUACAAGGUCAAGACCAAAGUAUGUGACCAGCCAUUUCCCCAGAGAGUCCCACAGCAAGAAUUCAGCUUUUCAGACCAUGAAGCUGUACGAACAGUACUUACUAUUACCCCAAUGAAAGGCACUGAAAUUAUGGAAGAAAUACCAAGUGUGCAAGCCAAGACAGAUGCCCUGCUGGAGUGUUCUGCAGUGUGUGAGCAAGGCCUAAAGUCUGUAGGCUCUCAGCAGAAAAUUUACAUUGCCCUGUCAGUCCUGUGUGCUAUUGUUUUACUGGUGUGCCAUAUUGUGAUAUGUACAGAGUCAUCGUCUGGUGUGACCCGUGGGUUCCUAGGCCUGUUGCUGAUAUUGUUUACAUUCUGUCUUUCAUACUUGCUCUUUAUGGCAACAAUUUUCUACAGAUUUGAAAGUAAUACAAUUAAAGAAAAAGGGGAUAGAGCAUCAGCUGGAUGAGUUGAGGGAGAAAAAUGCACAAAUUUUUGAAGAGGAGAGGAAGAGGUCUCAGUCAUUCAUCAAGUGACCAAGGAUCAGGGGGUUGGAAUCAAAUGAUUGUGAUAAUGGCGCUGAGCUGCUGUGAAAAUUCUGAAUUCCAAAGACAAGGGUUUUGCUGUCUUUCUAAGGAAAUCAUACACAUUAUCUAUGACUAAUAGAGCAUGAAGAAAUGAUUCAUUAGUAUUAAAUCCAUAUUAUGCACAUCAGUUUCCUACCUGUCAAACUUCUCAAGUGACAAAAAAAAAAAAAAGAUCUUGUAACUAGGGAUCUCUCCAUCAUCAUCACAUAAACACAGUAUUAAACUAAAAUUGCCAUGUUUAUGACUUAGUGAGAAUUAUCCUUUUUAGUGUAAAGCACUACUGUUGUAUUAUAAAGUUUGUAGAAUCUUAUUGAAAUGCAUGAGAAUUUGCACAAUAUGAGAAGACACUUUUGUUUGUAACUUUUUUCAUGCUCUUUACAGUUUUGGACAUAGAUUUUUCUUAUUACUAAUCCUAAUUGAAAUGUUUUGAUAAAACAAUAUGUCUGUCUUGCUGUGAUCAUGAAAUCAAUUGAACCGAAUAGCAUUUUCUAUUAGAUAAGAAAUAAGAAAAAAAUAUGCCUAGCUCAUACUGCUAAGAAACAACUUCAGUGAUUUUAUGAGCUCAAAGUAGUUCUUUGCUAGUUCAUUAGUUUUAAAUGGCUUUCCUACACAAGGUAUUUGACAAUAACUCUGUAUAAAUGUUUUAAUGACAAAACCUUUUUCUACUUGUGACAAAGUUCCCCUCUAUACAAACUAAACUUUUCAGGUCUGUAAGUUUUUCAUGUAAUUUAAGUAGUGUUAAUCAAUCUUUUAAGACAGCAGUGAAUAUUAUAGUUCAAUUUUAUCAAGGGCAUAUAUUUUUGUGUAACAUGUUAAGCACCUCAUUGUCUUGAUAUUGACUUUAAAUCAUUAUAUUCCUAGUCUCUAUAUAGUGAUGGACACAGUCUCUAUGAUGUAGAACAACAAAAAGAGAGUAGAUUUAGAGGACAGAUCUGUAGUAGGUGAAGGUAUUCCUUAGGGAUGUAUGUUGUUUAUUGUUGUUAAGGUUACUGGCUUGUGUAGAGAAUAGAUGAGGGUAAUGAAAAGUGAAAAAUGGGAACUAGAAUUGCAUGGGAGUGGACUUGUAGUGAUUUAUGGAUGUUAGGAAAAUGUCUUGGAUACAUUUUAGCCAAUAAAAAAAAUGCUAUUUUUUAUAUAACUGCAAUAUAUUUGAUUUUAAAGUGGGAUGGCAAAGCAAGUUCUGAAAGGAUAGAUUUUUUUUCAAAAUGCUUUUGAUAUGGACAUUUUAAAGUAAGGACAGAAAAGAGAGUGCAGUUUUAAUCCAUUGGUGCUGGGUACUUGCACUCUCCACUGUGAUUUUAUUAUAUUAAUUUUAUUUAUACAUAGAUGACUUCACAAGCACUUACCCAACACCAAGGAGUCUUUCAUGAAGUAUACCUUUUCUCACCUCUUUUACCCCAUUCCUUGAAUUCACAUUAAAAAGUUAUAUUUCAAUUGUUAUUGACUAAUAAUAGAAAGAAAGAUGAAAACAUCUCUUCCUAAAGAUUAAAGGUAUGGAGUAAACUGGUGAGAGAGGGUAGCCCUUGUAAUUCUGGGGAUAUUUAUGGGUAAAAAAGAAGUAUAAAACACCAUCAUAGUGGACAGUGUAUGCAGGCACUCAUGGCAUCGAUUGGUUGAUAAACUUGUUUCUCAGUCUUUCAAGGAAGUAAGAAAUUGAAAAUUGAGUUUUAAUUAUGGUGAUUGUAUGAAAAAAACUUGGCAAUAUUUUUAGGUAAGUCAGAUUUUUUACUUCUUGUAAAGAAGUUUGUUUUACCUACAUGCUAAGCGACAAACGGUGAUAAGUAUUACGAUUGAUAUUGGUGGAAAAUGAUUGUUUUCUUGCUUUGUUCUCUAUUUUAAAAAGAAAUAAUUACUUGUCAGUAUUUCUGACACUUUAGGAUUAGAAUGGAUAAUACUUCACAUGCAUGUGGUGCCAGUUAAUGUGCUUCUUUAAAAUACUUUCAGGAUUAUCACACAACUUUAUUUUGGUAAUUUAACUAUAUUCAAGUGAAAUACAUAUCCUGCAUUUUGAUAGAUAAGAUGUAUCCUUUUCGAAGGAGUGUUCCAGUAGUGAAUCAGUGUGCUUCAAAUGUUCCUCAAUCUUGUUUAAAAAUCUGGAUAAGGAUAUGAAUGUCUACCAUGAAUUUGUGUAUAUGUUUUCUAACAGUUGUAAGGCAAAAUUCUGUACAAUGCUAAACUAUUAAACUAAGUCAGGUAGUGCAUUUUUUUGUACAGCUUUGGAAAAAUACCUUUUUUUUUUUUUUUUUUACAAAUAUAAGAAUGUUUUUCACAUUAUUGAUUUGUAAUACUGUCUGCAUAGUGUUCAUGUAAGUACUUAAUGAAAUAGUUCAUGAAAAAUAUAAGUUCAACAUUUUUGACAUUAUACCAGACUGAAUCAGCUCAAGCCAUCUGAAGAAUGUAUACGUAUUUUGCCUCUCAGAAAGUUCAUCCUUUAAUAGUUAUGUGUAGUUUUGAAUGUUGUUUUAAGAGCUUUACUUGUAAUACUACCAACCUUGCAUGUUCAAAGAAGGAAUAUGUACUUAUUAUAGUGCUGGUGGCCUCUUCAUUCUUAUACUCAUACAUCUGAAAAAGUGCAUGAUUUCUUUCUUUCUUUCAUUAAUUUUUCCAAGGUCGUCUGAAACAGGUAGCUCUACUCUGUCAUGGUGAAAAUCCUAGUUGGUAACUCCCGAGCUAAGCCCUGCCUCUUUGCCUUUAUUCAUUGUAAAUAUUAGAUAUUUUGAAAAUUCUUUUUCUUUUUGUUUUUUAUUAUUUUUCUACAGGGUUAAAAAGGGGCUGGGCUGAUAAUGUCAUCACGUUUACCAAUAGGAAUGUUCUGUAAGAUAGCAGAUAUAGCUAGAUACCCAAUUAUUUGUAUAAUUUACUCAAUAUUAUUAUGAUUACCAGAAGUAAAACAGAAAUUCCCUUUUGUAUUUAUGGGCUCAACAAGCUAAAUGGAUGUGGAGGUAGAUAGUUAUAUGUACCUUGGAUUUUUUCUUAUUUACUGCAGGACUUAGGAAAAUAAUUUUCAUUUGAAAAUCUUGCUUUAUUGAUUCACUUUGUUAAUGUAAAGAAGGUACCAAGUGGAAAUGAUGCAAGAUAUACAUUUCAAAACCUUUAUUUACCUUAAUCUUUUGUACAGCAUACUUACAUGAUGUUACUGUGACAGGAAAAUGGUUUAGAGAUGAUGAAGGCAGUACCAUAGCUCUAUAAAAAGGAAACUAGUAGAGUGGGUUGAAUAAUAUCCCUCUCCUAAAAACAAAUUUAUCAAUAAGCGUGAUACUUAAUAUAAGGAUAUUUAUUUUGAUGUUUGUUACUCCAGCAUCAUUGGAAUGAUAUUUGCGUUAAUGUAAUAUGUCACAAUCAUCCUUGAGUCUUCAGUUUAAUGCAGUAAUUAUGUUACAAAAUAUGAUUUGCUGUAUUUUAUUCCUUUGUUUCUGUAUUGUCAAUUUAAUAGAAAAGUUCCUCCAAUAAAAAGAUUAACAUAUCUUUUUAUUGUUACUGCUGCAACUUAUUCUUAUUUUAUGUCAUGUUAAAAUUAGUUAUCUUAACAUUUAUAAUAUGCUUUCAUAAAGAGAGAUAUAGCACUUGAUGUAAUCAACCUUAAAUAAUCUUUAUUAGAAGCCAGUGUCAAAAAUGGGUCUGUAAGAUCCAGUCUUACCAUUAUUUUACUUUAAACCUCUAGUUUCUAGUUGCUUUUUUAUGUUCUUUAAAGCAUAGGCUGUUAAUUUCAUCUGCCUUUGUUUGUAUGUUGAUACCAGGUUUUGUUGUGUCCCAUACAUGUUUUUAAUUGCUAACACAACCAGGCAUUUUGUAUUCAACAAAGGGGCCAAUACCAUUACUGUUUGUAUUACAACAUAGUUAUGUGGAUUAUGUGUUGUUAACUAGCUUACACACUUGUCAUGUGAUAUGCAUUUUUUAUUGAAAGGCAUGUAUUUAUAAUAUUAAGCCCUGUGGAAAACGUUCACAUAAUUCUGAUGUAUUUGCAUUGUACAGAGGCAAUUAUUAUUUAUACUUUGCUUUAAAUUGAUUAAGCAGUUUAUGGUAAUGUUUGAAAGAGAGUUCACAUAGGGAAUUCAAAACCUCAAGUAUUAAGUAAUGUGUUUUUCUCUUAUCACUUUUAUUUCAGUUUAGCCAUCUAGGUAAAUUUCAUGCCAUGGGUACAAAAGAGAAGGAAAGGAUAUUGUGAUCUGUUUGUUAGGUUACAGGUGUGAUACAAGACUGUAAAGUGGGACCAUUUAAACUAUUGCUCAUAUAAACUUAGGCUGGGUCAGCUGUAGCAUUGCAUUCCUACUUGCAUUAUAUUUAAUUUAGGCUAGAUACCUAAUAGUGUCCACUUGUUUUUCUUGCCAGUAUUAUUUUUUUUAUUUUUAUAGUUCAAAUUGUUAUUGCAAGUUACAAGUAUAACUUCUCUUUCAAUUUCUUUUCCUUAAAGCUCACAAAGGGAUAUCAUUUCAGAUUUUUAAAUUUUUUCUUUUGUAUUUUUUGUUCUUUAAUGCAUUUGUUCUUGCCUCUCUGAUGGUGACCUACUUCUUAAAGAUUGGUUUGACAGUUGUAAUUAUGAAGUCAAAUUCAUUGUUCACUUUCUUUUCCAAGUCAUUGGUUUGUAAUAUUAUUUCAUCACUUUUAAUUAAAGUUUGUUAUUUAUAAGAAACAAAGGUUCUUAAUGCCCAAGGACAUAGAUUGGCCUUGGGUUAAAUCUAGUACAUAAUGAAGCUUUAAAUGUAUUCAAAGAAUCAGAUGGGGGAAGAAUUUUUAAGUAGGUAAACUUUAUAGGGCAGCAGUGUUUCCUUUCUUCGUGAAAGUAGUAAAAGGAAGUCGUAAUAUACCAAUUAGAAAUGCUUAAUAGACCUAUUUCCUCUGUGAUUUUCAAAUAAUGACAAUAAUCUAAAAUCAAUGGAAAAAUUAGGAUACGUGAUAUCCUCUUCGUGAUUUUUUUUUUUUUUUUUUAAUGAAUGUUUAUGGUCUUAUAGACUUAGAUUGUGAUAUCCAUUAUGAAUGGGUAAUAGACCAAACCAUAAAGUGUGCUUAGAUUGUUUUAGGUAGUAUUUGCCUAAAAAUAGUUUCUAUUUUAUUGUGUGUAAGCAUAUAUCAAUACAGUACUACCAUGUGCCAGUUUUCUGUAAAGGUUUAUGCUUUUCCAUAAUAAUAAAGGAAAUAAAAAGGCUA